AUGCGUAUUCCCUAUAGGAAGGAAACUGACCGUUUUACGGACUUUAGUUUGAAAUACAAAAACCCUUUCCUGCAAUUUAAGCAUUGGUUUGAAGAGGCUUUAGCCUGCCCUGGUUUGUACGAAGCGAACGCAAUGGCGCUGUCCACCGUCUCUAGAGAGGGACGACCUAGUUCACGGUAUGUAUUAUUGAAGGGACUUGACGAGCGAGGCUUCCAUUUCUUCACUAACACAUCAAGUCAGAAAGGCAAAGAGAUGGUAGUUGGUGUCACCCUUUUAAUGCUGGCCCUUAGGAAGCAAAUAAGAAUGUCUGCUUGCUCUUUUACUGGGAACCGCUCAAACGUCAGGUCUCUCGUGGAUAAUAAGGGAUUCACAACCUCAAACAGAUGCGUAUUUCCGCUUGCUUUUUUCGACCUAUUGGCCUUCACACCAGUAAACUAUUCAGGUCGUUUCAAUAAAAAGUACCUUAAAGAUGUACGUAUUAACGGCGAGGCAACGCUGCUACCUGACGAGGAAGCCGUGACGUACUUUAGCUCGCGACCAAAAAGCAGCCAAGUUGCAGCCUUCGUGAGCGACCAGAGUACUCCUGUUCCUUCGGACGCGCACCUUCUAACUGAAUUCCACAAGGCUGAAAAGGAAUUUGAAUCGACUGCCAGUGUCCCGAAGCCAAAGACAUGGUAUGCUUUGCCUCUUAUUAAAGCAUGCAUUUAUUCGCCUCACAGUCAGUAG